AUGCCGAGCAAGGUGGAGAAGGUGCCGUGCUUCUGGUGCUGCUCUGUGCGGGCUGGGCUCUAUGCAGCGUCCGUGGGGAUGCUCAACCUCCGCUGCCUUGCUAUUGUGUUUGAUCUUGAUGAGACCCUCAUCGUUGCUAACACGAUGAGGUCCUUUGAGAGCCGGAUCGAGAUGCUUUCCCGUAGGAUGGACAUUGAGGAUGACCCUGUCAGGGUAGCGGGGAUGUCUGCAGAAAUCAAGCGGUAUAUUGAGGACAGGGAGCUUCUCAAGGAGUUCAUUGACACAGACACUGUUACAGACAAUGGCAGAAUUGUUGGCACCCAGAAGGAGGAGGUUCAGCCUAUGCCUGGUGUCCAGGAGCGUCUUGUUCGGCCUGUAAUCAGGUUGCCCGAGAGGAAUGCUAUUCUGACCCGCAUCAAUCCAGAGAUUCGCGAUACCAGUGUUUUUGUGAAGCUAAGGCCUGCCUGGGAGGAUUUGAGAAGUUACCUAACUGCCAAGGGACGCAAAAGAUUUGAGGUCUAUGUGUGUACAAUGGCUGAAAGAGAUUAUGCUCUUGAGAUAUGGAGACUUCUUGAUCCAGAAGCCAAUUUGAUCAGCUUGAAUAAUCUUUCAGAUCGUGUAGUAUGUGUAAAAGCAGGUUCCAAGAAGUCCCUGCAGCAUGUUUUUAGAGAAGGAGGAUGCCAUCCAAAGAUGGCCAUGGUGAUUGAUGAUAGGCUGCAAGUUUGGGAUGAGAAAGAUCAGCAUCGAGUUCAUGUCGUCCCUGCCUAUGCUCCAUACUAUGCCCCACAAGCCGAGAUGGCAAACGCUGUUCCAGUGCUCUGUGUUGCGAGAAAUGUUGCUUGCAAUGUUCGUGGUGGUUUCUUCAGGGAAUUUGAUGAAAAUCUACUGAAGAAAGUAUUUGAACUAUUGUACGAAAAUGAGUUACUGGAUCUUCCCUAUGCUCCAGAUGUCGGUGACUACUUAGUCUCCGAGGACCCUAAUUUUCCACCAAGCAAUAAAGAUCCUGCCCCUAUACCUGAGGGUAUGAGUGGAACUGAAGUAGAGAAGAGAUUGAAUGGGCGGGCAUAUCAGGGGGACCAAAAACAGAUAUCGUCAUCAAUCCGUCCAUCAGAUGAUGCACGAGUGGCAAUCCGGGGAACUCUAGGCAGUUCAAAUGUGCAACCCAAUGGGGGCUCAAUGGCAAUUGUCCCUUCUUUGUUUGUCACGGUAUUGCAAGAAAUUGGACGACUAUGCAAUUCGAAGGUGGAGUUUAGGUCUACUGUAAGCACCAGCAAAAUUACACAAUUUUCUGUUGAGGUUCUAUUUAGUAAUGAAAAAAUUGGAAAUGGCAUUGGAAAAACAAGAGAUGAAGCUCAAGUACAAGCUGCUGAAAAAGCUCUCCAAAAUUUGCAAAGCAAUUACUUGUCAUAUGUUGCUCCUAUCGCUGGAGUUCUUAACAAAGACACAAGCAAGUCUUCUAGGAAUGGAAAUGGCUUUCUGGAAGACGAUCUGGAUUCAGAUGGUGAUACUGCCAUGCAAGAACCAUCUGGAAGUAAAUCAGAACAGAAGGAUCAUUCAAAUGUGGAUAGGUUGCCCUCUGUAUUAAGUCUUAUUAGAGAACUUGUAAGACAUGAUGCUACACCUGAUAUUUCAAUUUCUGAUUGCUUGGAGGAUCAACAUGUAGUAUUUCGAGAUCAAGUUCGGAAUCCUGGCUCAGCAACCAAUGAAGAAUACCAUUUCCAGGUUGAACUAGCGGGACAGAUUCUUGGGAAUGGUAUUGGUGUGAACAAAGAUUUCGCGAAGCUUCAGGCGGCAGAAGAGGCGCUGAGGUUCUUGAAAACAACCACUGACCCACAGAUUAAGAAGCAUUUGAGACCAAUAAGAUGCAGCAGUUGA